AUGCGCAUCAGUUUGUUUCUCGCGGUUACAUUGGCUGCUUUGGCCGCUGGCGAGAGCACCACCACUGUCGGCUAUUUCGGUGUCGGCUUAGGACUUGGUGGUAAUAUCGGCCCAUUUUUUUUCACCAGCACCGCAGCCAGUCUUGCUGGCAUCAAUGCGGUCGCAACCACUUACGAAAUCAAUUGUCUGAGCGUUGCGCCCAAAUCCGACUGCCAGAUCGAUUCCAAACACCCCUGGACCCUAAUCCAGGGCCCUGCCACCUAUAAUUUUGCAGCUUCCUUUACUUACACAACCGACCAAACGACCGCCACAAUUACAGAGACAGCCGAGUGCUCUUUCACUCACUACUCUGAAUCGGCCUCUUGCUCAUGGAGUUCCUCGUUCGCUGGCUCAUCAUCUGGUGGAACUUUUGCCUCUUCUAACUCAUUAACGACCACGAACAUCCCGACCCUAUAUAUCAGUUACAAGGAACUGGAGGUCAAUGGCGGUGUCGCCUCCUUCACUGCUCCUCAGGCAACUAAGACCCCUGAUGCCGCUGUUGCUCCCGCGAAGCCUUUGAUCACCGCUGCACCACUGUGCGCUGCAGCCGCAGCCGCAGCUGCAGCCGCCUUGUUCUAA